GUGUGUCACCAUAGCGACUGUCAGGAACAAAAUGGCCACAAGCCGCUGAUGCUGUGUGCAGAGUGCGACAAAACCCUCCAUGAGUCUGGGAGUCACGAGGGGCAUCUACGAUUCGAUUUGCCACACAGGGCUAAAGUUUUCACCUCGGGGUUCCCUCACGACCUCUCCAGUCACUCUCUGCCUGCGGAAGUCACCUACCUAGAAGAGGAGGAGGGGGAGGAUGAACCGGACACCCCAGUGACCAGUGUCCAGAGGAACGACCAGGGCAUCAGACAGGUGUCUGCUGGUACCAGUAAACUGCAGGAGGGGAGCACCAAUGGUCAGAGCUCAGUGGACAUUGAAGAUGAAGGGGGAGGAAGGAUCAGUUAUGAGAGGAAAGGAUCACUGGACAGUAGAAAUGUGGGGGACCAAUCACAACAGUCAUAUGGUUCCUUGCCGAGAAUAAAACGCAAGAAAGUUGUGAAGAAGAAGUUUCAUAAUAACGAGAAACUGGAUUAUGCAGAUCCUCCACAAGAGUUGAGCAAAGCAAAGCAAUCGGAAACUCUGCAUCCCCUCAAAUUUGCCCUGCAUUCCCUAGUAGCGAACUCUUCACAGUUCGCAUUGGAGCAUUCCAUCAGUCGAGAUUGUUUCACUUUGAAGUUUGACAUGUUUGAGGAGUUAGACAUUGAAAUAGUCACAGCAGUGGCAGGCGUGACACUCAGGGAUGCCUUGUUGCCUUUAUGUGAAAAGCGAGCGAUCAUUGUGGACAAGCUGAACGUGUUCAUAGACGCCUCUCACACCCCUCUGAAACUCGAAUUUGAUACAUUCCAUCUAGGAGGGACCCAGCUCACGGUGAAAGCAAAAGAUGGAGACAGUCCAUUCAUUCCGCGGUCAUCAAUACCAACGAAGCUGGCUUCCAAGACGAGGUCAUUGGAUAAGGCGAGGGAUAAAGUGAAACCAGGCGGGCAUUACGUGAAGCGGGAACAGUCGAUACGUACUCGCACUCCCCCCGUGAUCCACCGCCGCUGCUCCCUGCAGACGCACACUUCACGUUGUCAUGCAGUUGUGCGAGCUGAGCACCCUUUGGCAAAGCUAAACCCUUAUGCCUUUAGUGAAGAUGAGGAAGAAGAAUUUCCCCCUGGCACUGACUCCCAGAUUAACAGUAGCCCCAACAACACCCUGACCGCUGCUGAUGGUCAGAAGUUACGAGGACGCACCGGUGGACGAUUGAGCUCCAUUUUGAACACGUUUGGCCUCAAAGAGACCAACAAGCAAGAGCUUCUCUCGGAGAAGUUGAAUGAGUACAGUCUGACCGGUUUGCCAGAUAUGCCAGAGCUACUGACCUUGGGUCAUCCCAAGUUUGACCAGCAGUUGUUUGAGUUGGAAGGACACUGGACAGCGUUUGUUGAUGACCCUGGGAGUCUGAGUAAGAAGCAGAAGGACCAGCAGGAGGCGCUGUGGGAGCUGCUGCACACAGAGGUGGAGUACAUCAGGAAGUUGAAGGUCAUCACAGAUCUUUUCAUGUGUGUCUUGAUCAACCUCCAAAAUGAGCAGUUACUCAAUGAGAUUGAGACAGAGAAGUUGUUCAGUAAUAUUAGUGAGAUUGCACUGGCCAACAGUCAGUUUUGGUGUGGUCAUAUGAGCCGUGUUUUAGAGGAAGCCAGGAGGAGCCGUAAACCUAUGAACCCAGGGGUCAUGAAAGACGGCUUUGUGAAACAUUUUGAAGAAGAGUUCCUCCCGUAUACCAAGUACUGUUUAGAACACAAGAUGUGUCAAGAUUACAUGAAGACAUGCUUCAGGGAAAACGAACUCUUCAGAACAUUUGUUGUGUGGGCUGAGGCCCAAAAGCAAUGCAAUCGUCUCAAGCUAAAUGAUCUACUAGUCAAACCUAUGCAACGCCUCACAAAAUACUCCCUCCUGCUCAGUGCCAUACUGAAGAAAACUGAAGAUGAGGAGACUCGGAAAGAUUUAAAGGAAAUGGUGCAAGCUGUGGACAAAUUUGUUCACUCAGUCGACUCCUCUCUCAGACACCGCCAUGAGCAGGAGCGUCUAGCAGCCAUUAUUAAUAGGAUCGAGGCUUAUGAAGGAGUUGACCCUCCUAAUGAGGAGUGUGUCAAGACUCUCCAAGAGUACAGUAACUUCACCCUGACGUGCCCCAUGCCUGGCUGUCUGCCACAACAAACCAGGCACCUGCUCCUUGAGAGACCCCUGAAGAUGAAGGAGGCCACGGGGAAGAUGGACGUGCAUUGUUUCCUGUUCACUGACAUGUUACUGGUUACCAAGCCAACCAAGCGUGGAGGAACAGGGGACAGAGUGAAGAUUGUCAAACCACCAAUGAGAAUUGACAAGGUGGUGGUUCAGGAACUCCGCGAUGGAGGAAGUUUCCUGUUGAUCUAUCUCAAUGAAUACCAUGUUGCCUCAGCAGCACUCACUAUGCAAACUGACAAUGUCAAGCUAUGGAUUAACAAAAUUCAGAAAGCUCAGGAACUUUACAAAAAGGCUCGAGAUGAAGCAACUGAGAAAGCGGAGAGACAGCUGGCUGUUAAUUUCUUCGAUAUUGAUGACGAUGAUGAGGCGGACUAUUACGGGACAUUGCUGAGCGUUGACAACGGUUCAAUGAGAAGCAACACAAGUCAUGAGAGCCUCACGCGCCAGUACUCUGAGGACAAUGAAGGGAAAUAUUUGCCAAAUUUAGUGGUGGGCCCCGUGGGAGGGAUGUACCUACCCCAUGCCCACAGCGAGCUUAGUCUGGACCAGAUAGAAAUGAUUUCGAACACAGGCGCUGAUCCGUGCACAAGGAUCAAGGAUUCUCGUAAGGACAGAAAACAAAGGCCAAGAUCACUGACUUAUGGCGAUCUCAUGAUGUCACCAUCUUUAGCGGCAGGGCGGCAAGACGAGGAGGCAAUGCGCUUUCUUUUUCCUGAUGAAUCGGCCUCUAUGAGAAAUUCACCAAAAGUGUCGCCAACAGCAGUACGAAGGCGUGGUCAUGUGACUAAUAAACCUGGCCCCAUCAUUAUAAAACCAUAUCGUGCUGACUCAUUCUCUGGAAGCGAAACAAAUUCUCCACAUGGUCAGAUGUCUCCAAUGGAGAAAAAACAAUUUGCAUUACCAGAUAGGCCGAGUAUUGCCUUCAACUUGGAUGAGAGUUUACGAGGCAAGUUGAACCAGCGUAGACAAGGGCGGGGAGAAAAGCGCUAUCACACGGCUGACUCAAUACAAGAUAUUAAUCGAUCUCAUGAACAUGAUAAAGAUGCUAGUAUACACAAGCGCCUCUCUUGGCAUCUUGGUACAGUUGAUAUUAAUCUUGAGGAUCGUGAGGCAAUGUUAAAAAAUAAAGCGUUCAGCUCGGAAUCGUUACGAAGCAUUCGGAGCUCUAGCGGAGUCAGCUCUACAGGAUCCCUCCAUUUGAGUCCUGAGAGCGAAAUCAGUGAAGAAUAUGAACAAGACGGCAUCCUUACCUCUUCUAAUGAACAGGUAAAACCAAAGAGAUCUGAAAGUGACAGUAAAAUGAGGCCAGAUCUCAAGGACCUGAGGUCAAGGUCAAAUGCUGUUGAAUUAGAGACCAAUGGCUCAACCUCUAAUCAGAAACUGAACUCAAACUCUAAAUCAAAAUCUCUGUCAGAUAUAAGUAGGAUCAUAGCCGAGGCGUCAUCCAGCGAGAUGAAGGACGGGAUCUCUUCGGUGGACUUGCCAAAGUAUGAGGGCCAGAAGAAGAAGUUGUCUCAUGCAGAGAUUAUGAAGAUGAAGAAGCAACUGUUGCUGAGCUCCAACGUGGAAGCCUCGGAAGUGUAGCCUUAGUGAAGAUUUUCAUUGGAAACGUGAUGGAUGCAAUGGACAAGUCACAGUUGCAGUGAAGACAUGAUGGUUGCUAAGGAAACUUCAGUUGUCAUGGAGACUAGUUUUUUUUCUAUAGAAAUCAUCUAGUUACAAAAGAAUCUUGAAAUAUGGAUAACGCCUGUUUGGUGCAUGUCUCGGCAAGAGCAAGUCAAUAAUUCUUAAUUGUGUUAUAUAAAUGUCUUUCUUUGUUAAAGAUUAAUAUGUGUAUAGGGAAUUUGAGUGGGGACUUUUUUUUUCAAGUGAAAGAUGGAGUGAUAUGUGACAGUCUACAAAGUUUUAAUGUGAUAACUGCUCUCCUUGAGGUCUAAGCUGUAAAUAUAGAUUAUAAAGACAGACAUGAGAUGGGAUUCAUCUAGAAUAAUGCCAAGAAGAUGUUAUGUUUUACUACAGUUAUGAAUGCUGCUAUUAGCAAAUCAUAUCAGGGGAACUGUGAUCGUAGUGACAGAUGUUGUUGAUUUAAUUGUAGUAGAUUCCACGUGUAAACCAUAGCGAAAUCUCUUUGAUAAGACGAUGAUUCAAAAAAGAGGACUCGUUUUACCAAAAUUCAGGAACUGUGCCUCCAGUGAAUUAUGACGCCAGUUGAUCUGGUUUGUGGACAUAUUUUGUGAGAUGAUCUAAGUACUGACACAUGCCUGAGCUUUUGUUUAAAAUUUCCAGAAUUAACAUGGGGUGAUCUCGCACAUCAAGUAUCUACGAGAUGUAUUCGGGACUGGAGUGGGUUGAGAUAAAUUGCGCUCUCACAAUGGUCUGUCUCACCUACCACAAUUUGACCGUGCGCAGCAGUGAUGGGCUCUUUUUGCCACAAUUUCUCAAAACGACGAGGUUGGAUUUAUUAUGCAUCUCAUGAUAUAAAAGAUAUGAAUAACAAACACUUUUUCACAAAAGUAGAAAUUAAAAUAUAAAAAAGCAGGUCGAUUAAUAGAACUAUUUGAAAGGGAAGAGAUCAGUAUUUCUAAAAUUCUGGAGACGGACUUAGUAAUUGUUGUUGGUGAUAAAGACAUAAUGCAGUUCUCUAGAGUGGACUCUAACCUCAUCAAAACUAUGUGGCAUGUUUGACAGAAAGAAUUUAAUUAUUACAGAGCUGACUGUGUUAUGGGAGAUGGAAAUUUUAGAGGUCUAUUUCGAAUAAGAAGCAAUAUAGGGAGGUAAAUAAAUAUCAAAUUAUAAAGAUAAUUUGUGCAUGUAAGAGGCGAAAUUCAUCUUUUCAUCUAUGGUAUCUCUAGAUUUACCCUCAUUUAUACAAAUAUUAUAUAUAAUUAUAUUGUACGCGUAUGGAACGUUUAUUAGCAAUACAGUAUGGUUUUAGUAACGUUUUUUUUUUUUUUUCAAUGAAAAUAAAUGCAUUUUUACCA